CCAGCAUCCUUGCCCCGCCCCUAUGCCACGCCCUUCGGCUCUUCCUGGUUCCAUAUUGCGGGAAAGCCGGCAGGGCUGUGACUCUGCUCCCCGGUUCAGAAAUGUCAUAUCCAGGCUAUCCCCCUUCAGGCUACCCACCUUUUCCCGGAUAUCCUCCUGCGGGUCAGGAGUCAUCUUUCCCCGCUCCGGGUCAGUAUCCAUAUCCUAGUGGCUUUCCACCAAUGGGAGGAAAUGCUUACCCGCCAGCACCAAGUGGCAGCUACCCAGGAGCUGGAGGCUACCCUGCACCUGGAGGCUAUCCAGCCGCUGGGGGCUAUCCAGUUACCCCACACCCAGGGGGAGCUCCAGCCUAUCCUGGAGGACAAGGCUUUGGGGCCCCACCUGGUGGAGCAGGCUUUUCUGGCUAUCCACAGCCACCUGCACAGUCUUACGGUGGUGGACCAGCCCAGGUUCCAGUACCAGGUGGCUUUCCUGGAGGACAGGUGCCUUCUCAGUACCCUGGAGGACAAGCUCCUUACCCUAGCCAGCCUGCUAUGAUGACUCAGGGCACCCAAGGAACAAUCCGACCAGCGUCCAACUUUGAUGCUAUAAGAGAUGCAGAAAUUCUUCGCAAAGCAAUGAAGGGUUUUGGGACAGAUGAGCAAGCAAUUGUGGAUGUUGUGUCCAGUCGUUCCAAUGACCAGAGGCAACAAAUUAAAGCAGCCUUUAAGACCAUGUACGGCAAGGAUUUAAUUAAAGAUCUCAAGUCAGAGUUGAGUGGAAAUAUGGAAGAGUUAAUCCUUGCCCUGUUCAUGCCUUCUACUUACUAUGAUGCCUGGAGUUUACGGAAAGCAAUGCAGGGGGCAGGAACUCAAGAACGUGUAUUAAUAGAGAUUUUGUGCACAAGAACAAAUCAAGAAAUUCGAGAUAUUGUUAGAUGUUAUCAAUCAGAAUUUGGACGAGAUCUUGAGAAGGACAUUAAGUCAGAUACCUCAGGACAUUUUGAACGUCUCCUCGUGUCCAUGUGCCAGGGAAACCGAGAUGAGAGCCAGAGUGUAAACCACCAGAUGGCUCAGGACGAUGCCCAGCGCCUCUAUCAGGCUGGUGAGGGGAAGUUAGGGACAGACGAAUCCUGCUUCAACAUGAUCCUCGCCACGAGAAGUUUCCCUCAGCUGAAAGCAACCAUGGAGGCUUAUUCCAGGAUGGCCAAUCGAGAUUUGUUAAGCAGUGUAAGCCGAGAGUUUUCUGGAUAUGUCGAAAGUGGUUUGAAGACCAUCUUGCAGUGCGCCCUAAACCGCCCCGCCUUCUUUGCUGAGCGACUCUACUUUUCUAUGAAAGGCGCUGGCACAGAUGACUCCACCCUGGUCAGGAUCGUGGUCACUCGCAGUGAGAUUGACCUUGUUCAGAUAAAGCAGAUGUUCACCCAGAUGUAUCAGAAGACACUAAGCACCAUGAUUGCCAGUGACACAAGCGGGGACUACAGGAAGCUGCUGCUGGCCAUCGUUGGUCAGUGAGAAGGAUUUGGGUUUCUUUAAUGAAUGAAGCUAUUCUGAGCUUAGCCUUGCAAGCAAUGAGACCUGCAUGCAGAAAUGUCAGCACCACUUAACCAGAGUAGCUUUUUACUAAAGAUUGUGUCAGGGUAACGUGCUUGGUUUGCACACAUUGUUACUGCCUUAAUUCCAAUAUUCUUUUUUUCUUUGUAUAUCCAAUCAGUGUAAAAGCCAUAUCAAUGACAUAGUCAUUUUGUGCCAUUUGUAAAGCUUUAUUCUCACUGCUUUUGUUUUAAUCAGGAUUUAAAAUUGAAUAAAAAUCACAGCAAUCUAA